AUGCAGUACGAACGUCAGAUUGACGAGACGACGGAUUUGUCCACCCUCACGGACCAGGAGAUUAUGCGGCUCAUGGAGGGUAUGGAUGCCAGUGUUAUGAACAAGCCGUUGAUCACCGGGCCGGUUCACCUCCUCGCCAUCAAGGGCGAGUACCUAAACGGUUCAACCGAGGUACUUCGCAAGCUCGAGUGGCUGCAAGACAAUGGAUGGGACCAAGUGUGGCGUGCCCGCGGCGACGGCGACUGCUUCUACCGCUCUGAUCCGGCCUUCACCCUUGCCUACCUCCUUCAUAUCCUGUACUCGUCGACCCGCAGCGACGACGCAUCGAAAGCACUCAAGGCCAUCCACGAUACUAUGCCGACGAUGGCGUCCGUCGGGUUCCAGCAAGACCUGGUGGACGAAUUCGUCGAGCCACUAAUCUCGAUUAUUUCGUCAUUAGUUGACCCGCCGCCUGGACAAGAGCCGACCGAAUUCUCACUCCUCGAAGUCCUGCAGGACCCCGAGAAGAGCAACUCCAUUGUCGUCGCUCUUCGCCUCAUGACGGCCGCAUACAUCCGCACCCAUCCAGAUGACUUUGCCCCCUUCCUUUUCUCGCCAUCCACCUUGGAGCCUGUGUCGCCGGAACAGUUCUGCCGCGAAGAGGUCGAGCCGUGCGGUAAAGAGGCCGACCACGCACAGAUCAUGGCCCUCGCGGCUGCGCUUGCUGUCCCUGUUCGCGUUGCUUAUCUCGACCGCUCAGAGGUUAGCACGGAUGUCAUCAACUGGGUCGAAUUUGGCAAUGCUGCCGCUAACGACGAGAGCAGCCUCACCCUGCUGUACCGCCCGGGACACUUCGACGUCGUCACGAAGGACCAGAUGGUCGAGGCGCUGGCGAGAAGCAGCGGCCACGCUGGGCCCUCGGGUGUGCAUGCGGGACCUUCUGGCUCGGCGCCCUCCGGCUCGGCACCCUCUGGCUCGGCGCCCUCCGGCUCGGCAUCCUCUGGCACGGCGCCCUCCGGCACCGCCCCUUUCGGAUCGGCGUCCGAGCCUUCUGCGAGCUCGUCGACUGUCCCCACCGAACGAGUCUCGAGCUCAGACGAGGACGCGCCCGCGCAGUCGGCGGUCUCGGCCACAAACGUGCCUUUGUCCCAAGAGGCUCCCCCGCCCGUGCCGCAGCCUGCGGCUGUGUUCCAGAGCGCGCCCUGA